AUGCCGUUUGCCACGAAUGGCCUUGAUGGGCUAGUGUCCUUUGCUGCAGGAGUAGCCUCCAGCGCCGCAGUCAUGGCGGCAGUGAAUUAUGUUCACAACAAGCAAGACGAGGACUGCAAGAAGAGUAUCAAACAACGACUGUCAAGCAGAAUCAGGAAGGUCAUGGAAGAGAGGAACGGGCAAGUCCGUGUAAUCGAGAUCCUCAUUGACGAACGCGAGCACCUUCAUGGUCUGCUGAAGGAGAGGAGAAACGAGAUAUCGGCACUGAAGGAGGAGCUCGCUGAUGUCACGCAGCAGAGAACGACGUGGUGGGAGCGCUACAUAGAUGCUGCCAGCACUGUGAAGGAUCUUGUUCCUCGCCUCACCAGGAGAAACGAAGUUGACGUGCAUGGCUCAGCUUCCAUGGGCGUCCAGGCAGAUAUCGCAGCGCAUCGGAGGGCGAACGAAUCGUCCAUGUCCAGCGUGCAGACAAUGGAUCAGUCGAGCCAGACUGAGAGGGAUGGGACUUGCUCAGCACCUGCGAGCAACGAGAAACUCUGCGUUGUUCCGCAUCCAGUCAAGAUCUCCUGCCAGAAAGAGAAGGCAAGGGCCAGAGCUCAUCGAGGAAGCUCUCAAGUCUCCUCGUGCAAGAACAAGAUCGGUUGCCCAAGAAGAUGUUCAAGAAGACCAGCGGACUCGUUCGACGUCGCAAAGGUCUCAAUUCCUUCCAGCCCCUCUUGUAAAGGGGUUAGAGAGCACAACGCUCUAGCGCUGCAUCGCAGACUGAGCUCGGCAGGGAAACCGGGGCAGGAGAUGCUGCCAAUCCUCGACGACAUGCUUCAAGGAAGCUUCGGGUUGGGGCUCGAGGUAGUGGAGCAUGAGACGCUCGGGCUGUGGUCUUGGCUAUCUGCUCUGUCAGUUCAAAGGGGGUGGAUGAGGCUAGACCUUGACGUGGCAUGGAUGCCUUCUAUCUGCUGUCCGGAUCAGCCGCUUCAGGCUGACGGCGCUUUCGAGGGGUGCAGCUCCUCAUGGAGAUCUAAGGCCAUGCUGCUGCUAGGUACAGCCCUUGCGGUGCACGGAGCCAUGGGCGGAGCACGCGAUGGAGGGAGCGGAUUAGCGCGGAGGGGCAGAGACACAUGCUUCAUGCCGAGAAGGUCACAGCUCGAGGCCCGCCUCAUGAGGUUGGGAAGCAACACGGGGAGCACGGAAGCAGCGCUGAGGGCCGAAGGUCUCGUGAAAGAGACGAAGGCGAGCUCUGGGCGUGAGCGGACGAUGAAGCUCGCGAGCCUCUUGCUCUAG